AUGUCCACCCUCGCCGCAACGAAGGCUGAUGGGUUUUAUUACCCUCCGGAUUGGACGCCGGAGGGUGGGGUGAAGGGUAGUGCCUUCAAGGGUUCGAAUGGUUCGCUCGGGAAAAGAGCGAAUAAGAUGAGAUCUCACGGCGUGUUGACGAUUCGGUUUGAGAUGCCCUUCCACGUCAAAUGCGGCGCGUGCGAACACACCAUCGCGAAAGGGGUAAGAUUUAACGCCGAGAAGAAGAAGAUUGGGAUGUAUCACACAACACCGAUAUGGAGCUUUAGCAUGCGAAGUCCAUGCUGCUCGCAAGAGAUCGAGGUGCAGACGGAUCCGGCGAGGACGGAGUAUAACGUCACGAAGGGCGCGGAGCGAUGCGUUGGUUACGGUGUCGUGCCGGAAGUUGAAUCGGCAGAGGACGCGAUGCACAUGCUGGAGUAUCACACGGAAGAGGAGCGAGCAGCGCUCUCGACGAAUCCAAUGUCAUCCUUAGAGCGAGGUGUGGAGGAUGAUAGACGAGUCAAGGCGAGAGCGAGGACGACGAUUGAGCUCGACGCGUUGAGCAAGGCGCGUUGGAAGGACGACUACGAGGCAAACAAAUCUCUCAGACGCUCGAUGAGAGGUCGACGAAAGGAGGAGCACUCGCUGCGAGAUAAAGGUCGUGCACUCGGUCUGCCUGAUCACGUCAAGUUGAGACCCGAGCGAGAGGAAGACAAGGAGUACGCCCGUCGUGUCUUCAAUGCGACUGUCUUUGAGCGUCGUCAACGAGAAAAGAGGAAACUCGUCUUGUCGGAGUCAAUAUUCUCUAAAUCGACGAAGCCGACAGCGAGUUCGACGAAGCGCGUGAUGUCAUCAUCCAACCAAUCCAGGGCGUUAAAAUUAGCAAAGCGGAGAUGA